AUGGAAGAGAGGACGAGAACAUAUUAUGCAGAAUCUAGUGGCCUCAACAAAGCUGAGUUUGUGAAAAUGGUGCUUCUUGAUGGGAUAUUUGUCAUUGAAUUAUUUCGCAAGUGGAAUGCUCGAUCGAGUUAUACAAAUGACCCUGUUGUUCAAUCUUUUAGAAUGCUAGGUGUCAAAUGUUGUGAUUUAUUACUAUUGGAAAAUAAACUUCCAUUUUUUAUCCUUGUCCACUUGUUCAACAUGAUGAACGAUUCAGACACACAAGAAGACAUUAGUUAUCUGGCAUUGUCUUUGCUAGAAAAUAUAUUGCCAGGGCCAGCAGUUUCACACGUUUUGAGUAUACCAGAGGACGAAGUCAAGCAUCUACUGCACCUAACACAUGGCAGUAUGUGCUCUUCAUUUGCUAAAAAAGUCGAGUCCUAUGGUGAGGUUACCAGAUUCGAGGUUGACAAAUUCGAGUUAAUAAAUACUAUCACAGAUCUCCAAGAGGCUGGAAUUGCAUUCAAGGUGGAUGAGGGAAGUAACAAUUUGUUUGAUAUUAAAUUCAAUAAUGGGUUGAUGGAAAUUCCCCGAUUGCUUAUUGGUGAUGACACUGAAUACAUCUUACGAAACUUAAUUGCAUAUGAACAGUUUCUUCCUGAUGAGACUCAUCGAGAUAUGUCACCGAUUAUGCCCUACUUAUGGAGUGCCUUGUCAACUCUCCAAAGGAUGCCUCAUUUCUUCGCUGCUGUAGAAUUAUCACCAAUGCUUUAG